AAAGGUGGUCCCGGCUGUGAGUUCUUGUGGGACCCAAAAGAGCGUUACUUUCCUAUUAUCAUUGAAUACCGUUGGCGUUACAACACUCACACCACUGUGCCUUCUCCUUCUUCUUCAGUCAUCGUGCUUCUGUGUCAGAGACGCGGUGGUGGUGAGAAAAUGACGGCGGCCGGAGUAGCAUCGGAGAAGACGAAGAAGCUAUUCAAGCUUAGUCUUUCUCUCUUCCGUCUUGGCUUCAACUCCUCCAAAUGCAAAACGGCGGCGAAGAUGGCUGUAGCUCGAAUAAAGCUUCUGAGGAACAAGAGACAAGUUGUGGUGAAGCAAAUGAGGCGUGACAUUGCCCUUCUUCUUCAGUCCGGUCAAGAUGCCACUGCUCGGAUCAGAGUAUUUCACUUCUCUAACUUUCCAUUACAAAAGUGUUCGUAGUGUAGCGGUAGCCAAAGAGAAUUGGUUGUUCCCCUGUGCCAGGUUCAAACCACCAUUGGUUGAGCAUGUGAUUAGGGAGCAGAACAUUCUUGCAGCAAACGAAAUCAUUGAGCUUUUCUGUGAACUCAUUGUUUCAAGACUCGCUAUCAUCACCAAACAUAAGGAAUGCCCUGUGGAUCUUAAGGAAGGCAUUGCUAGUUUAAUCUUCGCUGCGCCUAGAUGCUCUGAGAUUCCGGAGCUUGGAGAUUUGAAAGACAUCUUUGAGAAGAAGUACGGUAGAGAUUUUGUUUCUGCUGCUACUGAGUUGCGUCCUACCUGUGGGGUUAACCGGAUGUUGGUUGUUAAGCUUUCGGUUACGCGUCCCGAAGGAGAAUUCAAACUGAAAGUCAUGAAGGAGAUUGCAAAGGAGUUCCAGGUUGAUUGGGAUACUAAAGAGACAGAACAAGAGCUUCUCAAACCUAAAGAAGAAACCAUUGAUGGGCCACGUGCGUUUAUUAGCGCCUCAAGCUUACCAGUUGAACGUGCUUCUCAAGAUCUCAUUGAUCCUACCAAAGCAGUGCCGAGAUCGAGUAGUAGCCUGAGCAUCAACACGCAUUAUCAUGACACAGAAUCAGCAGCUGAAGCGGCAGCUGAAUUAGCCAAGCAGGCGGUUGAAGCAGCACAAGUAGCAGCCUUGUUAGCUAACAGAAGAGACAGCACCACGGAGGAUCAUUAUCAUCCAGGUUCAACAAGACAAUCCCUAGAUUCUGAAACAAGCUCCUACUACGCCAAACCUUAUGUCAGAAGACACAGCUGCAACAAUCCGUGUGUAAAUAAUGAAGCUGACCACAUGGAAGAAGCAAAGGAAGCAGUGAGGAGGAGACACAGCUACAACUCUCCACCACUACCUCCUCCUGCAACUUCUGAGAUCAAGUUUGAUGAGUCAGACUAUGAGGAAGAGACAGAGCCAGAAGAAGGAUUACUGCAGAGUCGUGCUUCUUCCCUCCCACCAAACCGAGCACCGCCUCAGGCUCCUCAGUCGAGAAGGGACUCAAGCGGUCACCAAGUUCACCCAAAACUGCCUGACUAUGAUACUUUGGCGGCACGUUUUGAAGCAAUCAGACACAGUAAAGGGCCAUUGAUCUGAAAGCUGGAAACUUCACUUACUCCUCCUUUAUAUAUAUAAAUA